CUGUGUUUGGUCACAAUCGUCUGUUUUUGCUUCGAGGAUUUAGCGCCCUUUUCUCUCUGAUCAUCUCGAUUUCAUUAUGGAGCAAAGUGCACAACGCUUGGGAGGAUGGAGUCAUCCACCGAAGGAGGCUAGUUUGGGUGUCCAAGAAAUCUGCAACCAGGUUCGAAAGGAAGUCGAGGCCAAGAUCAACGGAGGCAAGCAGUUUGGGCAGUUUGUAGCCAAAUUCUACAUCGAGCAGGUGGUUGCUGGAUUGAACUAUCGCAUCAGAGUUCAAAUAAACGACGUGUCGCUGAUUCGGAUGCAAGUGUUCCAAGGUCCCAUGUUGGACGGAGUGCAAGCUCCACCCGUGCUGGGUGAUGUCGCCGCUGACGGUCCUCUCAAUGACAAGCCAUUCUGAUAAGCCAGUCUUCAUGAAGCUCAAUACUACCAAAUGUGACGACUUGGAGACAAUAAAUCUCUUCUUUUUGUUAGUACUUUAGAUCUCCAAAAUCAUUGAUUUCACUUUUGAACUUUAGACCACAUCAGCAAUAGACUUGGAAUAUACCAUUUAGCUGCCAUUCUGUUCAACAUACCUCAAACCAUGGAAUAAAUUUCUACUAGUAGAGUGUA